AUGCCUCCUAUUCUCGCGGCCGGACCCGUAGUGACUGCCGCAUCGGGACUGUAUUUUCCAUUCUUUCACCAUCAUCCACGGCAGUAUUCUGAUUAUUUGUUCUAUUUAAUUCAUGCUGGAGAGUCACAAUUGCAAUUACAGCACGUACUAUUGGGAGAAUUCCAAUUGCAUUCCAGCAGCCGACAUGCAGCAUUUUUAUCCCACUGCUGUCAGCGCCGGGACAUUCCUGGAGCACCCUUAUUACUGUCAGAAAGCCAAGAUGAAACAGCCGAUCGUGGCCGAAAGCAGCCGGACCAGUACCCGGACGGAAGGAAAGCCGAGACCGGCUCUUAA